AUGGCACGUUUUUCGCACUACCACCAUUUGUUUCUUUUGUUUCUAGUACUGGCUGUCACUGCUGGGCCCAUUUGGGGACAAGAGGGCAACACAGAUGACAGUGUCCACUAUGUGAAAUUUGAAGUGCAGCUGGAUGCCGACACCACCGACUCGUUUACCGUGCAAGUGAACAACAAGUGGGCUCCGUUGGGUGCUGCCCGCUUUUUGGAGUUGGUCGACCUUCCCUUCUUUGCACAAGUGCGCUUCUUUCGCGUCUUGACGGGAUUUGUGGCGCAAUUUGGAAUUUCGGGCGACCCCGCCGUAAGCGCCGUAUGGCGUGACAAGACUAUUGCGGAUGAACCCGUGAUUGCGUCCAAUGUCCGUGGCAGUCUCACGUUUGCCAAGGGUGGACCCAAUAGUCGGACGACACAGAUCUUUGUCAAUUUGGAAGACAAUGUGCGAUUGGAUGAUAUGGGGUUUUCACCCUUUGCUCAAGUCGUUUCCGAGCGAGAUAUGAAAGUGGUGGAGAAACUCUAUGCGGGUUAUGGGGAAGGGGCACCCAGUGGGAAUGGACCCGACCAAAGUCGGAUUCAGUUUGAAGGAAAUGCCUAUUUGGAGAGUGACUUUCCUUUGUUGUCGUAUAUUUUGUCCGCCAAGCGAGUGGAGAAACCGGCUGAUGUAUCAUCGGAAAAGGAAACAGUCCAACAACUCUCGAGUGGUAGUGCCCCAAGUGGAAAAUCGUGGAACACGGGUAGGAAUAUCCGUGAGCUGACAACUAUGUUUGCCGCAGGAGCGAUUCCAGCCCUCUUCUUCCUGUAA